GGGCGGGUGUCAGUUAUCCUCGGGACGUCAUCGUGUUCGCAUCCCGGCAUUGUCCCGCCCGUUUGUAUACGACGCGAGUGCGUGAUUGUGUUAACUUUUUAACAUCGUUAUUGUAUACCAUCAAAUAAAACGUUGGAAAUUAUGUAAAAGUGUUCAAAUCAGUGUCAAUAAAUAUUCAAAAAUGACGUUCUGGUGUAGACGUGUGUACCCAAUGGCGGUCAGUGUUAUACUGAUUGUUAUAACAUGUGCAACGUUCGAAGUAACCUCGGCUAAAGGGAGGGAGGAGCCACAUUCAUACACAAUAGACGAGCUACUGUCGUCGCACUAUGAGCACAAACAUUCAGAUGACAUCGGCAUGGAUCCUUGUAAAGCUGGUAACUUCCAAGGCGACAUAGCAAUAUCUGACUCUGAUUACUACAAGCCAACCAACACUGCCCCAUCUACGUCCAAAAUAAAUAAAUCUUUACAAGAAGAAGUAGAAAGACUCAAGAAAGAAGUACUGCUAGAAGGAUUACAGGUGGAAGAGGAAGGCUUACCAGAUAUUUUGAGAAAAAGAACUAAACAACCAAUUCCUUUAAUGCAAGAGAAACCAAAAAAGUAUAACGAUGCUUCUUUACAUACAAAAGUUCUACCAGCUGGACUAGAUAAAGCACUCUUAAUAAAGAACGGUAAAAUACUUCCUCCUGAAAUGUUAGAUAAUUAUACAAGUUUUAAUUACCAAAAUAAAUUGAAUCCCUCAAAUCAAUCCGUUGUUGAUAACCUCACUGAAUCUGAAAGUUUAGAACAAGACGGAGUUCUAGUCGUUAAUAUAUCGACAGAUAAUAUUUUAAACCUAGAAGACUUUUUUCCUAAUAUUCAAUUAUCGAAUCUAUCAAAUAAAAUGGACGAAGUAACAAAUAAAAUACAAAGUAAUAGUCGAGAAAUAACAGGAGAUUCUAAUAAUAAUAUUAAAAUCAAAGAUUUACCAGAAAAUAUUACUAUAGCACCCGCACCCACUAAUGGAUUUAUUCCAUCUAAUGAACAAGAGGAAGAUAAUAAAGAGAAAGUAAUUGUCAAUAAGACCAUCAAAGGUUUGUAUGAAAAAGUGUAUGAAGCGAAUGAUUUGCUAAAACCUACUGAAAGUCUGCAAAGUUUAUUAGAUGAAAGUGAAAUACGCAGACGUCGGAGAAGACGUCGCCAUGGCAACGGAAGACGACUUAGAAAUAUCCAAUCGGGCGAAAGAACAGGUCAAAAUACCAUCAAAAUAUCUGAUGAGAAUCAGAGCGAAUCACAUCACGCUAGAAAAAAGUUUUUUCGACACCAAAAAAAGUACGACGAAAAGGAAACAAGAUACAAACAGGUGAUACCGGAACAUGAAUUUGAAGAGAAGUUCGAAGUACAGCCGCCGCCUAAACAGAAUAGAACUUCAAUUGAGACGCAACAAUUUAUAGAUUGGUUUUUUCGUGACUCCGACGAAGACUUAGAGGCAAUGGAGAGUCAGUUUUUUAAUCAUACGGAGGAACCAAGACGUCGCCAUCGUACCCCGAGAGCUGCAACAAAUCGUAAAGAGAGGAUCUGGGAGAAUGGUGUGAUCCCGUAUGAAAUAGACGGCAAUUUUAGCGGUGCCCACAAAUCUCUUUUCAAACAGGCCAUGCGACACUGGGAGAAUUUCACCUGCGUUAAAUUUGUUGAGCGAGAUCCCAGUCUACACAAAGAUUAUAUUAUAUUCACUGAGAGACCUUGUGGAUGCUGUUCUUUCGUCGGCAAGCGCGGUAGUGGCGCGCAGGCAAUAUCUAUCGGCAAGAAUUGCGACAAGUUCGGCAUCGUGGUGCACGAACUGGGCCACGUGGUGGGCUUCUGGCACGAGCACACGCGCCCUGAUAGAGACAAUCACGUCCAGAUCAUCAGGGACAAUAUUCUUAGCGGUCAAGAGUAUAACUUCAACAAGCUGACAUACGAAGAAGUAAAUUCAUUGGGUCAGACGUACGACUACGAUUCUAUAAUGCAUUAUGCGAGGAACACGUUCAGUAAAGGAACUUAUUUGGAUACUAUACUGCCGCUAGAAGUUCACGGCAAGAAGAGACCAGAGAUCGGACAGAGAGUGAGGCUCAGUGCUAGUGAUAUUGCGCAAACUAAUUUGUUGUACAAAUGCGCAAAAUGUGGCAAGACGUUCCUGGGCAACUCAGGAUGGUUUAGCUCCCCGGGCUGGGGCGCUGAGGCGGGUCCCGCUAGCCCCGACCGCUGCGAGUGGAGGAUCGUUGCAACGCACGGCGAGAGAGUUGUGCUUAACAUCACUGCCGUGUGUGGAGGUGAUAUUGAAGUAGAUAACAACGGUCAUUUGGAGUCUCCCAACUAUCCUGACGACUAUCAACCAAACAAACUUUGUAUUUGGAGACUUUCUGUGCCACAGGACUAUCAAGUGGCGUUGCGCUUCCAUUCAUUCGAGGUAGAGAACCAUGAUACCUGUAACUACGACAAGGUGAAGGUUAGAGACGGCGAUUCUAUGGAUAGUCCGCUCAUCGGCAUGUUCUGCGGACACAAGAUACCGCCUGAUAUUAGAUCUACGUCAAACAAGCUGCUGGUAAUCUUCGAGUCGGACAGCUCUGUGCAGAAGGCAGGUUUCUCAGCUACGUUUAUGAAAGAAUUCGACGAGUGCGCGUCCAUAGACCACGGCUGCAGCCACUCAUGUGUCAACACACUGGGCGGCUACGAGUGUGCCUGUGAUAUAGGCUAUGAACUCCACUCGGAUGGCAAGAAAUGCGAGAAUGCGUGUGGUGGUGUGCUGUACGGCCCCAACGGCACUAUAACGUCUCCUUCGUUCCCCGACCUGUAUCCGCCGUCAAAGAAUUGUCUGUGGGAGAUAGUGGCGCCCUCGCAGCACCGCAUCACGCUCAACUUCACGCAUUUUGAUCUGGAGGGCACGAAUAAUAUGUAUCAUCAGGAAUGCGAAUACGAUAGCGUGACCGUGCACUCGCGGCUCGGGGAUGAAGUGCUCCGGCGUCACGGUGCCUUCUGCGGCUCCGCGUUACCACCGCCCGUCACCUCGGACGGCAACGUGCUACGCGUGCAGUUUACAUCGGACACAUCGGUACACCACUCUGGGUUCGCGGCGACGUACUACAUGGACGUAGACGAGUGCGCGGAAAAUAACGGCGGCUGUCAGCACGAGUGCCGCAAUACGCUCGGUGGUUUCGAGUGUGCCUGUCACAGCGGCUUUGCUCUGCACCAUAACAGGCGUGACUGUAAGGAGGGCGGCUGCAAGUAUGAUAUAACGCUUCCGCACGGCACUAUAUUCAGUCCAAAUUAUCCUGAUACGUAUCCAUCAAGAAAAGACUGUGUUUGGCAGUUCUCAACCACACCUGGUCAUCGCAUUAAACUUAUCUUUAACGUAUUCGAAUUGGAGUCACAUCAGGAAUGUACAUAUGACCACGUGUCAAUCUACGAUGGAGCGUCUGCGGAUGAAAAGACUCUGGGUCGUUUCUGUGGCGCCAAACUCCCACACCCCGUAGUCGCCUCGCAAAACCAGAUGUAUGUCGUCUUCAAGUCUGAUGCCUCCGUGCAGAGGAAGGGAUUCCUUGCUACAUAUUCUACUGCUUGUGGAGGCUACCUGUCAGCUACAGAGACAGUGAAGCAUCUCUACUCACAUGCGCGAUACGGACACGACUCUUACGAGUCGCGGGCGAACUGCGACUGGAGUAUUGUCGCGCCAAUGGGCCAUUUUGUGAAGCUAACCUUUUUGACAUUCGAGUUGGAGCCAGAAGUCAACUGCGGUUAUGACUUUGUGCAAGUUUAUGGCGGUCUAGAGGGCAGUGCGGGCGAUUACGGCAGUUUCUGUGGGACAAAGACUCCACCGGAGAUAGUAUCCACAACAGAAGCAUUACUCGUAAAAUUCCGUACAGAUGAUUCGAUAGUUUUCAAAGGCUUUUCGGCAUCUUACCAAGCGGUUAAACCUGAAUUGUGGAGCGAAGAGGAUAGUUCUGAAGGUGAAAUUGAAGAAGAAGAUGAACGCAUGCCUCCCUUGGUGGUAGGCAGGCGUGGUAUGCGAGCUCCUUUACCGAGGUUCGUGAGGCGGCCCACGUGACGGUGGCCGAUUAAGAGACAUCCGAGACAUCGGCGGCCGCAUCGCAACAGUAAUCGAUUCAAAUCGGAAAACGGUGCAAUGUAAUCGAUUCUCUUGACAAAUAAUAAUGCUGCCA